AUGAUAAAUGACACGCAGACUGAUAUUGAAAACCCCGGCUUCUUCAGCAUCGACUAUCUUUUCUACGGUAGCAAAAUCGAUGAAGUCGCCUGUUGUCCAGGCUCACCGCUUCCCUUAACCGCAAAAGCCCUCGAUAAGAGCGACACGUAUCCGAACAUAUGGACAAAAGCAGACUCCCUGGCAAAAGCGGCUUAUUCCACAAUACUCGUUGAUCUUGGCCAGAAAGCAGCCCCCAAACCCAACAUUCUCAGCGAUACUAAGUUGCUGACGCGAUACACGGAAAACUUCUCAACAGCCCGCAUGGCGAAUCUGAGAUCAGGUCCCGCGAACGACAGCUACAGCACAUUAAAGGAAACGACGGGUAGCUUGGGCAUUACACCGUCUGUCUUCGCUGCAACGCUGAUGGCAGCUUUACAAGAUUUCAGCUGA